AUGGCGGAUCUCAGCAUUCGUGGCAUGUGGGAUGAAGCCGGCAGGCGAUUUCAGGCCCGCACAGAAAGGUCUCUAGACCUGAAGCCACCCAAAAGUAUAGACGACAUUCGGGACAUGAUAGAACGCCGAUAUGACCCUUCAUCUCCGGCAGACUCAGACUCAGACGGAGGCCAUGAACGAGCUAAACGGAUUGGCCUAAAUAUCUUGUCCUGUAUAAAGCUCUUAGGUGGAGUAGCAGCUCAAGGAGCAGAGUUGUCAACCCACGAGUUUCAUGGCACGAUUGAUGCCGUCUUCGGAAUUGUUGGCCCCACGCUCAGUCAAUUCAAGAUUUACGAGAGGAUCGAAUUGUUCAAUACUAUCGACCCGGAGUUGAAUACUGCCAUUCACAAGGUCAUGAUCAGUUUUGUCGACAUUUGUGCUCUGGCAAUAGUGCUCCGGAAAGGUAGCAGGUGGAAGCGGUUCAAGGCAGCAACAAAGCAAGCCUUACUGAAUGAUGACUCCGGCUUGAAGGAUGAGAUUGAGCAAUUUGAGAAGCUUGUGAAGGGGCAGCAGAAUGUCCAAGCUACCUUGACUUUGGAGGUGGCUCUAAGUGCUAAAGCAGACCUUGCUACCAUCUUAGGCAAGGCCUGUGAGACUGGCAAGAGGAUUGAUGACAUUGCAAUUGGCAUCCUAGAUCUGAAAGAGGCAGAGACAAAUCGCAGCCUGGAGAAAUCGAGACAAGAGAACCUCACAAAGAUUCGAACCAAAUUAGCAAUCGAGGAGAAGAGCAUCAAGGCGUCCAAAGAUGUCUGUGAGAAGAUAUGGCAAAGAUGCAUAACAGAUAGUGGGGAUUGGCUCCGAGACAUGGAAGACUACCAGAAGUGGUCUGAUAAGUCUACCAACGAUGCAAGUCCAUUGCUGGUACUAACCGGCGAAGCGCACUCGGGAAAGUCAAGUGCAAUGUCGACCAUAGUACACCAGCUCAAGGCUGCCCACGAGUCUCAGGGCCAAUCGACGGCGCGAGCCCUUGUUGCUUAUUAUUUCUUCCCUUUCUUCGCUAAGAAAGCAGACGACGACAAGCGGCCGGGAACAACUGCGGUGAAACAUAUUGCAUACCAACUUGCUGAGCAAGACUCUGGUACUGCCAAAAGCAUGGCCGCAUUUUGUGACGAUAAACACAGUGAAUCGUAUUUUCGAGAUUCUAGCUGCAAAGAGCUUUGGCGCGAGCUUAAGAUUGGGACGCCGAAGCCAGGAACCAUGCAUUUCAUCGUUAUUGACGGCCUGGAUGGGUUGUUUGAAGGGCAUCCUGAGGCCGCAAGCCACUUUCUAGAUAUCUUCGAGACAAUCCAGAGCCAGACGUCCACUGGCAGCGAUGGGAAUCGGGUACGACUGAUUGUGAGUGGGAAAAGCGAUAAUUUCCAAAGAGAGUCUCUCCAGUCGGCCCCCAAUAUCGAGAUUGAGAAGUACAAUGGCUCAGAUAUCACAUCGUACAUCUACGAAGAGCUGACAAAGACGAAUCUUUUGCAAGGCGAAGAGUCUGAAACAACUCGUCUUCGAACAAAAGUGCACGAUCGGUUACUCGAAGAGGCCAAGGGGAACUUCCUCAAGGUGCAGACUGCUCUGGAGAAGAUCAAAGACUUGAUCAUGUCAGAUGGCUCGGAGGCUGAGAUGGACACCAUUCUAGACGAGUCCAACCAAGAUAAAAGGACAAUCUCUGAAAACGUCAUUCUCGAAUUACAACAAUCUCUCAAGCCGCAGUCCAUCGAAGAACUGAAUGAGCUUUUGAUAUGGAUCGUAUAUGGCUUUGUAUACUUUGACGCUGCUGAUCUGGAAGCUGCACGGAAACUUGAGGACAAGCUGAAGGGCAUGUAUUCUAAACUCUUUUUUUCUCACUACGGAAAUGUGGCCAUAUUGCCAUCGAUCGAACCUCUCAUUACCAAAGAAAGGGACCGCCCACGCAUUAGCGAAGAUGCACCUAAAAUCUCCCUCAACCUGACCAUCUCUAAUGGCGAUAUUACAACUGUACAGAAUUUCCUCUGGAGCCUUUUUCAGAAAUCCAUGGUCGAGAAAUUCGAAUUUGAACCAUAUCUGGCCCUACGCGUCAACGAGUAUGACGCUCAUCUCGCUAUAGUGAAACAGAGCCUGCGUUUUCUCACAUCUCCACCGGAUGAGAGGACAAAGCUUUUGGGCACCUAUAUCGUUAGAGAACUUCAUGGUCACUUGGAAAGGCUAAAUCAAGCGGUUGGAUACGACCAAAUCCUUGCAUCUGACAAGAAGGAGAUUGGAGACGGUCUUUUUGCUCUAUUUGUCUCCGGUGACGUGAUAGAGAAACAUUGGGAGUCGUUUAGCAAAAUUGAUUGGGUUGGCCAGAGUGACAGAAUUGAGAUAUUCCGCAACUGGCUGAAGGAUCCGGACGCAAUUGGUCACCUUGGCAGACUUGACAAAGACUGGCUCAGGACUGUAAACUCGAGCCAGAGGCCAAACCGAGAGCUUCUUACCCCUAUGAUGAAGACGGUUGCGGAGCAUUGGCUGCUAGAUAACAAAUGGCAUGCUGGGACCUGUUUUCAUGCUUUGCGUCUGUUUUUGCGACUCGAUACAUUGGAGAAGCCAUCUGAGGACGAAUCAGCUGUACCGACGACCCAAGCCAUCUCUGAGGAGCUUGAGGCAGCCGAGAAAUGGUGUGAGGAGAUGCUGUCGCCAAAAACCUUGGGCUCUCUCUGGUACGAACGACUAGGAGAGGCUGCCAGAUACUAUUACGAGCCCGACUGGGCAAUCGUAAAGUUCACGAAAGCAAGUGAGUGUGACGACGCAAGCAUCAGCUUCAAGAGCCUGGCCGAAGCAUACUAUGAUAACGACGAGCUUCUCUCAGCAUGUUCAUCGAUGGAAAAGGCGCUCGAUGUGGUCAACGCAGCCGAGACACCGGAUAAAGAGGAACUGAAAAGCAUCUACCUACGCCUUGCAUUUUGGUAUAAUCACUUACAGCAGCCAGACCGCGCUAUUGUGCAUUAUGAAAAGGCACUUGAAGUAGACCCCGAUAACCAAGAGGCCCUCAGUGGCAUAUUGACCACCUCUAUUGCGUCAGGUGCCGAGCAAACGAUUUAUGAUCUCAUACUUAAUAUGAGUAAAUUAAGCUCCAAAGAGCCUGGUCUCGACCAGUUGGCCUCCACCAUACUCGAUCAAUCACUCGAUUACAGCUACAAAGCACCACUGCGCACUCUGGUCCACAGGUGUCUUUCACAGCAAAGCUGUAUGGCUGCUUUACUAGACGCAACGGAUCAAGCAAUUGAAGCAGCACGGAAGAAGGGUAUGGAGAUUGAGCUUCUCGCAUUGCUUCUGCUCCGCGGCCUAGCCUCUCUUUUUAACGACUUGCAAGACUCACAGUCAUCGCCGCAAGCAGUGGCUUUCUGGAUUGACAGCUAUACUACCAUGGACCAGCUCAUUAGGAAGGUCGAUAAUGAAGAGGACGUAUGGAGAUAUCAAACCUUUUAUCGCAGUAUUGUCGGCCACCUGAGUUCUUACUACUUUGAGCAGGCCAGAAAAUCGUCAGAUCUUUCUGAGUAUUAUCUCAAGUUGGAAGAGCUGCGGCGUGGUUUCCGCUUCCCUGGCAUUGAAGGUAUUCACGCAGCCGACCUAUUCACCUCCGCCUUCCACACUCUUCACGGCAACAGAGCUGCAGCCAGAGAAACAGUCAAGCAGUAUAUGCGGAUCUCUAUGGACAAUUUAUCUGACGACACUGAUGAGAACGACUACUGGGCGGCGUACAUUCAGUUUAAAUCAAAAGCACUCAAUCUUGAGGCCGGGCCUCAGCAAUGGCUCAUUGACGAGAUGACCAAAUUCGUCAAGGCAAAAUGCCCGCUCGGAGCCACGCAGAGUGAUAGAGUGAAUGCGGUCAAGACCGAACUGGAGGCUCGACUAGCCGCAACGAGCAAAGAAGGAGAUGAACCUAAGCAAACAGAAUUGUGUAUGGAGAUUCAGAAGGCUCUGGCGGCUUUGGAAUCAGUGCAGGUGCCGGAAGGAAGCGUGACAAGUGAUACUUCUGGAGAAGUUACCGUCGCGCCCUUGGAGAGCAAAGACAUUGCGAAAACGUUUGGUUAUACUUGCGACGGUACAUGCGGUGAAACACCGUUGGACUUUAACAAUGGCUUGAACGUAUGCAAGUACUGCUGGAACGUGGGUUUCUGCGACGAGUGCUUGCCUCAGCUCAAGGCGAACAAGUUGAAGAAGAUUGUGUGCAGCCCUAGUCAUGAAUGGCUGGCAAUCCCCAAGUGGAAUCCUAGAGGCAACGCGGCUGCUCGGGAUGGCGUAGUUCAGGUAGGUGGAGAGUUGGUUGACGGCGUCCGCGUGGGUGGUGAGACCGUAACAGUGAAGGAGUGGUUAGCUUCACUGAAGAAGGAGUGGCAAUUGUAGAAUGCGGCCGAGGCGAUCAUGUCGAGUGUCUAUACGGUGUUUGAUCGCAAUUUAAUAUGCUUGAUGUGGUCACUAACUCUCAAUAUGUCGAAAUGAUUACAUUAGUUGGGGUGCGGGUGUUGGCGACUCUUCUCAGAUUGAGCUAAUAGAGGCAGCCACGACAUACGUCUCUCUACUCAAUUCCUCUGAAUGUACUUCUAUAAAGCUUGAAUAUAAC